AUGGGGAAAGGAGGAAACUACGUGACUGUGGCGGCUUCGGAGGUGGAAGAGCUACGUCGGAAGAACGGAGAGAUGGAGAAAGCGGUGGAGGAGAUGAGGAAAGAGAUGUUGCAGCUGUGGCGGCGGACUCAGGUGGCCGAGGAGGCAGAGGAGCGUCUCUGCUCUCAGCUCGCCGAGCUCGAGGCCGAAUCUCUAGACCAGGCGCGUGACUACCACUCUCGCAUCGUCUUCCUCAUGAACGAGCUCUCUCGUCUCUCUUCUUCCUCCUCCUCCGAUGUGGCCUCGCCGUAG